UUUAGGUCGAGAUCGAGAUCUUGUUUGUUAUGGUGACGGGUUGUUUCUGGUUAUUUGAAUCUAUAUAAGCCUGUGGAUCUCGAGGGUUUUUACCAGGAAGAGUCGUGUGUAAGAAAAAAAAAAGAUUUUGAUUGUUAAACUGAGAUCUGAGGAAUGGCGACGGAAGCAGCAAAUGGGAAUAGCCAUGCGGGGGCAAAGCCACCUCCGACCCCUUCCCCUCUUCGCAGUUCAAAAUUUUUGCAGUCCAAUAUGCGGGUCUUAGUGACAGGUGGAGCUGGUUUCAUUGGAUCUCAUUUGGUUGACAAACUGAUGGAGAAUGAGAAGAAUGAGGUAAUUGUUGCCGACAAUUAUUUCACUGGUUCCAAGGACAAUCUUAGAAAAUGGAUUGGUCAUCCAAGAUUUGAGCUGAUCCGACAUGAUAUCACGGAGCCCCUAUUGGUGGAGGUUGACCAGAUAUAUCACUUGGCUUGCCCUGCUUCACCAAUUUUCUAUAAGCACAAUCCUGUGAAGACGAUUAAAACAAAUGUUAUUGGCACAUUGAAUAUGUUGGGGCUUGCAAAGCGAGUGGGUGCAAGGAUUUUAUUGACAUCAACCUCUGAGGUGUAUGGUGAUCCGCUGCAACAUCCUCAGACGGAGGAGUACUGGGGAAAUGUUAACCCAAUUGGAGUCCGGAGCUGCUAUGAUGAAGGGAAGCGUGUGGCAGAGACCUUGAUGUUUGAUUAUCACCGGCAGCAUGGCAUAGAGAUCCGGAUUGCUAGAAUCUUCAACACCUAUGGACCACGUAUGAACAUUGAUGAUGGUCGUGUCGUCAGUAACUUCAUCGCCCAAGCACUUCGUGGUGAGCCAUUGACAGUCCAAGCCCCUGGAACACAGACUCGAAGUUUCUGUUACGUCUCUGACAUGGUUGAUGGACUUAUUCGGCUGAUGGAAGGAGAAAACACAGGCCCUAUUAACAUUGGAAACCCUGGUGAAUUUACAAUGAUGGAACUUGCUGAGAUUGUUAAGGAGUUAGUCGAGCCAUCGGUGACAAUUAAAAAUGUCGAGAACACACCUGAUGAUCCUCGCCAGCGGAAGCCUGACAUCACGAAAGCAAAGCAAGUUCUUGGAUGGACUCCCAAGGUUACUCUGCGAGAGGGUCUGCCCUUAAUGGAAGAAGAUUUCAGGAAAAGGCUUGGUGUGCCAAAGAAAGCAUGAGUCUACUAUCUACAUUAUGUCCAACUAUGUCUUAUAAGUUGAAUGUUCUUGUCAAUCAUGUCGAAGGUGUGCCCUGAAAGUAUUUGAGAAAGAAUUUUUUUUAUCCCCUAGAGUUGGCGAGGUUAAAGGUUUCCCAGAACUUGUUUGAACAUGGUUCUUUACCCUAAUGGUCAUAAUAGAGAAUAAUGAUCAAUUUGAUCUUUGCUCUAGUCAA